AUGAGGCGAGGCGGCGGCGCGGGCGGCCGGCGGCGGUUGGGCGACAUGGCUCUGCUGCGGGAGGACGCGCAGAGCAAGCUGAGGUCCGUGUCUGUCGACCUGAAUGUUGACCCUUCUCUCCAAAUUGAUAUACCAGAUGCCCUGAGUGAAAAGGACCGGGUGAAGUUCACUGUACAUACCAAGACUACGCUGCCAGCUUUUCAAAAUUCAGAGUUUUCAGUUACAAGACAGCAUGAGGACUUUGUAUGGCUGCACGAUACGCUCACAGAAACUGAAGAGUAUGCAGGGCUCAUCAUACCUCCAGCACCUUCAAAGCCUGACUUCGAUGGUCCCAGAGAGAAGAUGCAGAAGCUAGGAGAAGGUGAAGUGUCUAUGACAAAAGAAGAGUUUGCCAAAAUGAAGCAAGAGCUUGAAGCUGAAUACCUUGCUGUCUUCAAGAAGACUGUAUCCUCGCACGAAAUAUUCCUUCAGCGGAUUUCUUCUCACCCUGUGCUCAGCAAAGAUCGCAAUUUUCAUGUUUUCUUGGAGUACGACCAGGAUCUAAGCGUUCGGAGGAAAAACACCAAAGAGAUGUUUGGUGGCUUUUUAAAAAGUGUAGUGAAGAGUGCAGAUGAAGUCCUCUUCUCUGGAGUCAAGGAAGUAGAGGACUUUUUUGAGCAAGAGAAGACUUUUCUUGUAAACUACUACAACAGAAUCAAGGAUGCAUGUGCAAAGGCAGAUAAGAUGACAAGAUCUCAUAAAAAUGUUGCAGAUGACUAUAUUUAUACUUCAGCUUGUUUAAACAGUCUGGCAUUAGAAGAGCCUACAGUUAUCAAAAGGUACUUGUUGAAAGUUGCAGAACUCUUUGAGAAACUCAGGAAAGUAGAGAGUAGAGUUUCUUCUGAUGAAGACUUGAAGCUUUCUGAACUGCUGAGAUACUACAUGCUCAAUAUAGAAGCUGCUAAGGAUCUUUUGUACAGGCGUACWAGGGCUCUUGUUGAUUAUGAGAACUCCAACAAAGCUCUAGACAAAGCUAGACUAAAGAGCAAGGAUGUCAGGCUUGCUGAGGCACAUCAACAGGACUGUUGCCAGAAGUUUGAAAAGAUUUCAGAAUCUGCAAAACAAGAACUGAUGAGCUUCAAACAGAAGAGAAUAGCAGCUUUCCGCAAAAACCUAAUUGAAAUGGCAGAACUGGAAAUAAAACAUGCAAAGAACAAUGUUUCUCUCCUGCAAAGCUGCAUUGACUUGUUCAAGAACUAAGGCACCUUAUUUCUGAGAAUGUGAAGGGGAAAAAAAAAAAAGCAUCAAUUGCACUCAAUGGCCAGGGGAAACUUAUUGGCUUGACUUCAUUAGCUUAAAAAUAAAUAUUGUCACUGAGAUUGUUUAACUAAUUCUUAACCACGYUGAUAGUGAUGUUUUGACUUUGUGGGGGUCAAUGAGCUGAAUUGCAUAUGAAUUGUCUGGAUGUAGCUAACAUCCUGUUUGGCUGAUAACUCAAACUGAGUCCAGUGUAAGGAAUCACUUUGCUGUUGACUGACCCUUCAUCUAGUGGAAGGUGUCUUCCUGAGAAGGCCCCUUUGAAGGGUCACAAAGCAAUCUGUCUCUUCACAGCCCUGAUCAAGUUGAAACUUGCAAGUGGGAAUGGCUUGUAUAAACCUAGUAAUUUUAUAAAGUWAAAUAUCUUAACAUUCCA